CGCAACAGUUGCAGCUGGCAAAUUUCAAACUAGGCGGCGGGUAGUUGCAGCUGAAAAAGGCUCAAAGAAAACACAUCACAAUCGUUAAAAGUUCAGUUUAAGUGAACAUGACGAGCACAUUGAAGGGCAUCACUCUGAAGGGAAGCACGGAGCUUGUGGCGGAGUUUUUUUCUUUCGGCAUCAACAGCAUCCUGUACCAGCGCGGCAUUUAUCCUCCAGAGAUGUUCACCAGAGUCACCCACUAUGACAUGAGCCUCCUGCUCACCACCGACUCCAAACUGAAGAACUACCUCACCAAUGUCGUGUCUCAGCUUAAAGAGUGGCUGUUUGAGUGCACGGUGCAGAAGCUUGUGCUGGUGAUCACGUGUCUGGAAACAAACGAGGUGCUGGAGAGAUGGCAGUUUGACAUCGAGUGCGACAAGUCGGCCAAGGAGAGCAGUGCUCCCAGAGAGAAGUCCAUCAAGACCAUUCAGGACGAGAUCCGCUCCGUCAUCAGACAGAUCACAGCCACGGUUACUUUCCUGCCUCUGCUGGAGACGCCAUGUGCGUUUGACCUCCUGGUCUACACGGACAAAGACCUGGUGGUCCCAGAGAAGUGGGAGGAGUCAGGGCCUCAGAUCAUCAGCCAGUCGGAGGAAGUGCGCCUCCGCUCCUUCACCACCUCCAUCCACAAGGUGAACAGCAUGGUGGCGUACAAGAGGGCUGACUCCGUUUAAACAUCCCACAAGCUCUGCUCUGCCCGGCAACAACCCGUGCCCUUUACAGAAAACAGUAGAUUUUACAGUGCUCUGUCCUACCUCCCGUCUGUCCUCUUCUUCUCAGAACUUCACCUCGUCUCAUUUGUGUUUUUGCGGACGUGUGUGCAAACAUCUGCGUCCACACUGGUGUAAAUAUUUCUCAUGAACAGUGAUUUAUACGUUUUCUUUACUGUUGUUUUCCUCCUUUUCUUUCUUUCUUUCUCUCUUGCUCUAGUUGUCCAGCUCUGUUUUAGAAGCUAGUGGUUUAUAUGUUCAACUUUUAUGUGAAAGAAUAAAUAAAUAAAAUGAA